AGCUGCGAGCCCUGUGAUUGGCUGAGCCCGGCUAGAUGCACCAACAGCCGAAAGAAGAAGGGAACAGAGGAGGAGAGGGAGGCUGCAGAUAGAGCAGAGAAUACAAAGAGCAUGUGAGCGAGCGUGUGUGUGUGUGUGUGUUACAAGCUCGCCGAUGUGUGUGUGUGUGUGUGACAUCCAGAGGUGUGUGUGUGUCUGCAGAAGCGAGCAAGCGAGGAGGAAACCUGAUCUCACUUUCUCUGUGGAAUAACCCUUUGCGUUAGCUGCUCGUCGCCUAUAGUUGUAGGCUUAUAGCUUGUAGCCCUAGUUUGGCCCGGCUCGGCCCGGCCCAGUUCGGACCUGGAGCGGUAGUAGUGGUGGUGGUGGUGAUGGAGCGGUUUCUGGCACUGCUGCGCCUGCUGGGCAGGAGGAGGCGAGGAAGGAGGUACCGGGCGGAUGACGAUUACCAGGAAGGCUAUGAAGACGUUUACUACUACACCAGCAAGUACAACACACACCUACUGAAUGAGGGGCCAUACACCAAACACUCUGCCGGGGCGAGACCUCCAGAUGGAGCGCUGGCCAUCAGGAGGCAGAGUAUACCAGACGAGUUUCGGGGCUGCACGGUGGUGGAGCUGAUGAAGAAGGAGGGGACGACGCUCGGACUGACGGUUUCUGGCGGCAUUGACAAAGAUGGGAAGCCCCGGGUUUCAAACCUACGACAGGGAGGCAUCGCUGCCAGGAGCGACCAGCUGAACGUGGGCGACUACAUCCGUGCUGUUAACGGCAUCAACCUCGCCAAGUUCAGACACGAUGAGAUCAUCAGCCUGCUGAAGAACGUCGGGGAGAGAGUCGUCCUGGAGGUCGAGUACGAGCUACCACCCGUCUCGGUACAGGGGUCAGGGGUCAUGUUCAAGAACGUUGAAGUCACGCUUCACAAAGAAGGAAACAGCUUCGGCUUCGUCAUCAGAGGUGGGGCCCACGAAGACAGGAACAAGUCUCGCCCCAUCGUCAUUACAACCAUCAGGCCUGGCGGUCCGGCUGACAGAGAAGGAACUGUCAAGCCGGGUGAUCGGUUGUUAAGCAUCGAUGGGAUUCGUCUCCACGGCAGCACGCUAUCAGAGGCCAUGAGCAUCCUGAAGCAGUGCGGGCAGGAAGCCACGCUGCUGCUCGAGUAUGACGUCUCCGUGAUGGAUUCCGUUGCCACGGCGUCGGGGCCGCUGCUGGUGGAGGUUGCAAAGGCGACGGGCUCCAGUCUGGGCGUGGCCUUGUCCACCUCCAUGUUCUGCAACAAGCAGGUCAUCAUCAUCGACAAGGUCAAACCAGCCAGCAUAGCAGACAGGUGUGGUGCUCUUCAUGCAGGCGAUCACAUUCUGUCCGUCGAUGGGAAGUCGAUGGAGUUUUGUUCUCUGGCUGAAGCCACUCAGCUGCUCUCUGUAUCCUGUCAGACCGUCCGCAUGGAGAUCCUGCCACAACACCAGGCCCGACCGGCCCUGAACGCACCACAGCACGUCAAGGUGCAGCGUAGUCCCCGCCCCCUUCCCUGGGAGACCGGAGGCUCUGCCCCCAUCCUUCCCCCCUACCACUACAACACGUACCACCCCGACCAAUCAGCUGCCAGAUCGCACAACCGCCAUACAAACAACCCUCCCCUCAGCCACUCGUUCUCUCCUGGCUCCAUGUCAGCCUAUAGUCUCUCGUCCCUGAACAUGAGCACCCUGCCAAGGAACAUGUAUCCCACAAGUCCACGGGGCACCCUGAUGAGGAGGAAGGGCAAGAAGAAGGACUUCAAGAGUUCCUUGUCUCUUGCGUCCAGCACCGUGGGUCUCGCCGGUCAGGUGGUUCACACAGAAACCACAGAGGUGGCGUUGGUAGGCGACGGCAUCAUGGGGUUCGGCCUGCAGCUGCAGGGCGGAGUCUUUGCCACAGAAACGCUUUCCUCGCCGCCGCUCAUCGCUUACAUUGACCCCGACAGCCCGGCUGAAAGGUGUGGUAUCCUGCAGAUCGGCGACAGGAUUUUGUCUAUAAACGGAGUUCCUACUGAAGACUCGACUCUGGAAGAAACCAAUCAGCUUCUAAGAGACUCGUCCAUCACUGCUCAGCUCACACUGGAGAUUGAGUUCGACGUGGCCGAGUCAGUUGUCCCCAGUUCAGGAACGUUUCACGUGAAGCUCCCAAAGAAACCCGGAGUGGAGCUGGGAAUCACCAUUAGCUCUCCUUCCAACCGUAAACCAGGGGAUCCUCUGAUCAUCUCUGACAUCAAGAAAGGCAGCGUCGCACACAGGACGGGAACGUUGGAGCUGGGAGACAAGCUGCUGGCCAUCGACAACAUCCGGGUGGAGAACUGCUCCAUGGAGGAAGCCGUUCAGAUUCUUCAGCAGUGUGAGGAGCUCGUCAAACUGAAGAUCCGAAAAGAUGAAGACAACUCAGAUGAACAGGAAGUGUCCGGCAGCAUCAUCUACACGGUGGAGCUGCAGAGGUACGGAGGCCCGCUGGGAAUCACCAUCUCAGGCACCGAGGAGCCCUUCGACCCCAUCAUCAUCUCCUCACUGACCAAGGGAGGGCUGGCUGAGAGGACCGGUGCGAUCCACGUAGGCGAUCGUAUUCUGGCGAUCAACAGCAGCAGCCUGAAGGGGAAACCUCUGAGUGAAGCCAUCAGUCUGCUGCAACAAGCAGGAGAGACGGUCACACUGAAGAUCAAGAAGCAGGGAGAACUGUCGAGUCCGAAGUCUUGUGUGAUUGGUCCAGGCCUGGGCCCGGGGGCGGGGCUUGACCAGGAGAACCAGGACGGGGAGGAGGAGACUGUUGUCAUGGUCGCGCCUCUGUCAAGCCAGAGAGCGUUCAGCACGCUGCCGUCAGUGGACAGCGCUGUGGAGUCCUGGGACGGAUCCAACAUGGACAGCAGCUUCACCACCCCAGCUCCACCAUUUCAGUCGUCUCCGUAUAGUUUCCACGAGUGGCGCAACGCCAAGACAACCAACAGCCAGUCGACGUCCUCCAAUCGCCAGAGAGCCAAUCCGCUGUCAGAUCUGGGUCUGAGUGACGACGACUGGGACCGCCCACCGCUUGGGGGGUUCACUGUGGGGCAUGAUGGGACAGAACCGGACCAGGAGGAGAACUUCUGGUCUCAGGCUCUGGAGGAUCUGGAGACCUGCGGCCAGAGCGGCAUCCUCAGAGAGCUGGAGGCGUCUGGGAAGGAAACACACCUCCUCAGUCUGGCAACCAUCAUGUCAGGCUCCACCCUCAGUCUGAACCAUGACCCCACCCCCCUGCGCAGCACACUGGGCCGCCAGGCGAGCUUCCAGGAACGCAGCAACUCCAGACCACAGGUGACAGCCCGGUCCAACACCUUGCCGUCUGACCCCCAACGCAGAGCCUUUGCCAUGAGGAAGAUGAGGCAGGAAGUCAAUGAGAUCCUAAACCAGAACCCAGUGGAACUCCACAAGCUGACUCUAGAGAAGGCUUCAGAUCUGGAGGAUUUUGGCUUCAGUGUUUCUGACGGUUUGCUGGACCGCGGUGUCUACGUAAGCAACAUCCGACCGGGAGGCCCAGCAGAGCAGGGAGGCCUCCGAGCAUAUGACCGAAUACUGCAGAUUAACCACGUGCGGACCAGGGACUUUGACUGCUGCCUCGUCGUCCCGCUGAUCGCAGAGUCUCCUAACCAUCUGGAGCUUGUCAUCAGCCGAAACCCCACCUCCUCCUCCUCGUCCCUGCUGGCCAAUCACACUGAUGGACUCACCAACAGCGCCCACUCCCCUCAGCCAAUCUGCAGCGAGCUUGGACCGUCGGAGCUCUCCAUCGGCCAGGGAGAGGAUGGCGGUCCGAUCAAGUGGAGCAAACCGGGAGACGGGCUGGGGGCGGGGAUUGGGUUGGGGCAGUUGAAUAAUAAAUCCUUAUAGCAAACAAAAACUGCAUGAAACUGGAUUCAACCGGUUCUAACCAGAUUGGAUUUGCGAGGUCUAGAACAAUAACAAACCCCAUCCGACUGGUUCAGCGUGGACCCCCAUGGUGCUACACACCCUCUGGAUAAACUUUGACCCUUAAACACUAAAGUUUGACCUUUGAACUGCUAAAGCAGCCUGAAAGCACACUGAUGGACUGAAGCAACUCCUCACCUUUUCACCUGAACCAGUUCUUCAUACUGGUCCAACUGGUGUCACUGGAACCAGAACUACGACUACUGAUUUUACUGAAACUAGCCCAGAACCACGGCCAAUGGUUCACGACAUGUGGGUUCUGGUCUUAGUGGUCUGAGAAUCAUGGCUACUGAAUCCACUGAAGCCAUAGCCAGUUGUCUUACUGGUACUAAGACACAUGGGCUCUGGUCUUAGUGGCUACAGAACCAUGACCGUACUGGAGCCACAGCUAAUGGUCUUACUGGUCCAAGACACAUGUGUACUGGUUUUAGUGGUGACAGAACCAUGAGUACUGGUCCAACUGAAGCCUGAGCCACAGCCAGGGGUCUUACAGGUACUAAGACUUGGUCGUGAUCUUAUUUGUCACAGAACCACAGGUACUAAACCAGAGCCGUGACCACUGCUUCUACUAGUCCAGAAGUGUGGCUCCUGGUCCAUCUGGUCUUGCGAGAAGUAUAACUGUGGCUUCAGGUUGUACUGGCCAAAAACCACAGCAGCACAAAGACCGAUGGGACUCCAGAAUCUAGAACCUGCUGGUGGACAGACCGGUUGCCCUGGACACUAGGGAUGCUCCGAUUAGGCCGAUAAGGCGUUAAUGUUAUUGGGAUCGCCCUAACCAUAAUUGAUUAGUGACUGGUUUGUGUUUUUAAACAUUUGAAAGAAAGCCUCCUGAAUAAGAAACCGUUUCAAAAAACCCACCACUUUGGUUUAAACAAAAUCUUAACCUUGAUAUUCUUCAUGUUAGAAUCAUUGGUCUAAAUAUUAGUAUUUUAUGCUGCUACAAAAGGCAACUCCUCAACCUUGGUAUGUCUGAAUAAUCACAAAGGAGCCUGGGAGUUCCAGUCCAUCAGUCCGGUCCACUUCCAGUUAAGUCUGGGGUGAGCUUGAAGCACUGGAACUGUUACUAAUGGUCGCACUUGAUGUCAGAAAGAUUCUGACAAUCUGACAAGCACUUUGUUUGAAGCAAACUGUUGUUUUAACGCAUACUUGAUUUGUCUUCGGUCUCGCGGUCACAAAAUUGGGUAAGAAGCUGUGCGGCGAGAAGGAAAAAGGGGGAUGGAUCCCAGCAGAGUUAUGGGAGGAAGUACCUUUUAUUGGGCCCGAAGGGUUGGCAUAAGAAUAAAGAUGGUCAUGGUUACGAGCAAGUCUUUAGAAGAGUUUAAAAUCACACAUGGUUGGGUGAAGGUGAGGGUUUAGCGUAGUCCAGGUUAGGAGAAGAAUCGAGGAGGAUGGGAAGAUCACAAGAUUGAAUGUGGUUCUGAUAUGCUGGGUAAUCCUGCAGAUUUAUGAAACUUGGAGACAUCCAAAAAUGCUAUGUGACCAGCAGCAUAGACUUACGGUGGUCAACAGCAAUGCUUGGAGAUCAUGUUAGUGAUGGGCGGGCAAUACCAAUACGUUCAUCAGCGUUUGUGAAAUGAGGACUUCUUCAGUAAGCCUUUUGUUGGAUUCACACUACUGUAAGUUUUGCUACUAGCCUUAUUGUGCUCAAAUGACCCAAAACAUUAUUUAGAGAAGGAUGGCUGUAAAGACCUAACCCUUGUGAAGUGUUUGUACACUUUAAAUGGAUUGAAACAGUAAAACUAGUGAGGUGUUGUGGUGCUUUGGCCCCUUUCCUUGCGUGGCUCCUACAGUUCCUGCAAACCACCAGAUGUCACUGCUUUACACCACAAAGCUUCAGAUGUUUUUACAGCACAAACCAGAAGAAAACCCUAAAGAUUCAGAAGACUUUAUCCUCUAUCCUACUUUAUCCUUUAUAAGGGCUGGUUGUCAAACCUCCUUACUGUUUUUUUUUUGCUGACAAACUUGUGUACAUAGCACCGAGUAGCUACCAUUGCCAAGCAAAGCAAAUUUUGGUUUACUUUGUCUUUGAUCAAACAGGUAGUAAUUUAAAUCAAAUGUAAAUUCUUGACUUUAAAAGCAGCUGGUAAACAAUCUCAGCACAAUGUCCAUGUAGCUGUAAGUAGCUGUUCCGGAGCUACAAAAUCAUUUCUUAGCUGCUGUUUAAAACUCAACUUUUAACUCAAUAAAUGCAAAAAGUCCCAUGACAACUGGGCAAACUCAAUCUGCUAAGAAAGAUCAUGUGAUAUGAUCAAAAACUGAGAUUGUUCUCUCAACAAAAUUGACCAAUUUUAGACUGGAGUUUGGCAGAAAACGUGUUUACAUUUCUCAAUGAAUGAAAAAAGUAUAGACAAAUAACAAUAUAUAUAAACAAUACCCAGCCCUAGAGGUGUAAUCAGGCAGUCAAGUAUUUUAUUUAUCGAUCAAUAAGAAACAAAUCUAACAUUUUCCAAGAAUUAUCAGCUGAUCGGAGCAUCCCUAAUGAAACGGGCAGAAAGAGACAGAUGGUUUACUGUUAAGAUUUUUGUUCUGUGCCAUGAACGAGCUGCAGACUGGAAGGGAAAUAAUAAUCAUGUUGACAAUAAUGAUGAUGAUGAUGAAGAUGAUGAUGACACUGAGCAGUUCAAUAAGAAUCUUUUUCUACUGUUUACACCUGUUGGACUGGCCACACUGUGUGUAUGUGUGUGUGCGUGUCUGUGUGUGUGUUUGUAUGUUAUGUGUGUGUGUGUUAAACACAAGGCCAGUAAAGCCCCCCCACCUCAUUUCCUCGUCUUGGCUUUGCCCCCCCGGCCCCCCCAAAACGCACUUCUUCCCUCGACCAAUAGGCAGCCAGGAUGACAGACAGAUGCCAAUUCUGGGAGAUUCAGCUGAUUGGCUGGAACCAAUCAGGAGAAGAAGAAAAAAAAUGUCCCUGCCUCUCUGUGAUUGGUUCUCCUUGACACAUAAACUGACCAAUCAGUUCCCAGGUAAAAGCCAAGCAUGCCCCCACCCCGACUUCCCUGUCCACCCCCACCCCCCGUAACAGUGAUCUAUUAUGCUAAUCGAUCUGUGUGUUUUUUGAUUGACUGUUGUCAGUUUUCUCUGUUUGUUUGUUUCCAUGGCGGCUGAACCUGAAAAUAUGUAAAAUAGAUUAAAAAAACGGUUUCAGUCCCGUCGCUGUUCACAUCCAAACCAUCCAAACCCCGAAAACCUUCACCUCAUGACCACGAAACAACAAAGUUACACGAGAAAAAAGAAAAAGAUCCUGAUUAAACAGGAAACCUGUGACAGUAAAUAUGUGUGUGCGCGUGCGCGUGUUUGUUUAUUUUGGAGUGAUGUCAACAUCUUUCUGCUCUCACCUCAGUCUGAACUCACUAUUUAAACUGGCCAAUCAGAACCCUCCUUCAGCACCAGCCACCAGUCGAAACCCUCCCUGACUUUAACAACCAAUAGCUCUCUGCGAACGUUCCUGUGCUUCGGAUCGGACAGUUGCGAUUGGCUGUUCGGCUCCAUCCCAAACUUUGUGAACUGCGACGUUUUGAAUCUGAAGCACAGGUUAGCAUAUGGCUAGCAGACACUGAGCACAGGGAUAGCAAAAGCUUAAGAUGUUACACAUACCACACUGCACAAGGCUAAUACUAGCUAAGACAGGGCUACCAUCUAGCCAGCAUACCUAGACCUUAGCACAUGGCUAGCAAAGGGCCAACUCCUGGUUAACACAACCAGUGUACGGUUAACACAACAAGGCUAAUAUAGGGCUAACAGAGAAAUGUGUUAGCACAUGGCUAUGACAGAACUAACAUCUUGGUAACAAAAGUAGUAUGUUUAGCACACACCUUGAACAAGGUUAACACAGGGCUUACACGCCAAAAUUUGGUUAGCGUGUAGCUAACACAGGGCUAGCAUCUGGUAAACAUUGCUAAUAGUUGUUUAGCAUACAGUUAAAGCAGAGCUAAUACCUGGGUAACACUACUGGUACGUGGUUAGUGCACAUUAGAACAAGUCUAACACAUGUAAACAUAGCUAAUACAGGGUUAGCAAGCAGCGAUCACAGGGCUAGCGUCUGGAAAACAUCGCUAGUUGUUUACCAUACAGAUAAAGCAGGGCAAACACCUGGCUAUAACGGCUAGGUGUUAGCAUAGGGCUAACACCGGGUUAACACAACUGGUAAAUGGUUUGUGCAUAUUAGAACAAGGCUAACACGUGUAGACAUAGCUAAUACAAAGUUAGCACAGGGCUAUCACAGCUAGUAUUCAGUUAGCACAAGGCUAACAUUCACUAGUCAAAGACCUGUUGGUAGUGGUAACUAGAAACAGAGCUUUGCCAGAUGUUUAGCGCUGUUAGCAUUUUAGCACUAAGCCAAGACAAAAUGUUUCACCAAUGGGAAAAGGCCACAGAGCUGAGGGGCGUGGCUUCAGGAGGGUUUGAUGAGAUUUAAAGCCAUACACACUGUUUGUGCGCAUGUGUUAACUUUGUGUGUGUGUGGGUGUGUGUGUGUACCUGUAUGUUAGAGGGUGUGUUUGUGUGUGUGUGUUUAGCAUUGCUGGGAUUUGCACUCUAGUGAUUCACCUCAGCAAGAUGUCGCCCCCUCCCCCCUCCCCCUCCCUCCCCACACACACACACAAUGCACUGCCAUUUGAAAUAGUGGGUCAGAUUAGUUUCCAUGUAGCUUCACCAACCAACCAAACUGUAUUUUUCUUUAAAGGAACAGGGAUGUUGUAAAGUAUUUUUGUACAAAUUUAAUACUUUGGUAGCAUGACGUUCCUGGUGUUUGUCCUGUCGGGCUCCACUGCUCUCCUCCACCCCCCUUUGUAUGAACGACUACUGAGCAACAAUAAAGAUGACGACCUGCUGGGAGGACCGGAGUCCGUGUUUGUUUUUAAAGUAACACACAACAUACUCAUUUUUAAUAUGGAAGAAAUAAACUGAUAUAAACAAUAAACAAAUAUUACUUGUAAAGUAAACUUUUCUGGUACUUUAAUUAAUGUUGAGAACAACUAUAAACAACACAUUCUGCAACAAAUAUACUUAAUUUGAUAGAACUACAAUAUAAUAAUUAUACAUGUUAAAAUAAUAUCUGAAAAUAAAAUACUUUCUUAUUAUUUUUCUUUAAUUUACCUUUUACCAGUUUUGUAUCGCAGUUUAUUGUUACUCAUCAGUUAAAAUUUAUACUCUGGGAAAAAUGUGGAUUGGGGGGGGGGCCACAAUCAUUCCUGCUCGCCUCAGAGACCUGGAGGUGUGCAGGUCUCCAGGGCCCAGUUGUUCAAAAGUAAUCUGAUCGGAUUUUGGCUAUGGGAUUGGAUCAAAUCUUGAAAAUGGGUUGUUCAAAAGAAAAAAAGGAUUCUGAAAUUGGAUCAGAUCACCUGAUCCAAUCAGAUCAGAUCACCUGAUCCAAUCCUGGUUGUGAUCCAGAUCAAACCUUCAGUUUGUGUUGUUCAAAGCUUUUUUGUAGGAUUGGGAUCUGUUUGAUCCAAAAAAUCAGGAUUAUCCUGAUCCCAACAGAAAGGCUGGAUUCAGGGUGGAUUUUAGGAACAAAAUAUAAUAAAACUUUAAAAAUUUGACAAAUAAUUUUUAUCAUUUAGUAGCCUAUUUAUACACAUUUAUUUCUACUUUGCACUUGAUUUGCUUAAACGUUACAGUGAUAAAGUAGACAUUACCUACAAGCCAUCCAAUUCAAUAAAGUAAAAAAAAUUUUUGUCAUUAUUACUGUACAUUAAUCACAAAGGCACAAUCAUCAGAGGUGAAUCAUUCAAAAGCAGAUGGGGGA